AUGUCGCAUAAUUGUGAAGACGAAAGUCUAGGGAUUCAUCAUAAUCAUAACCAUAGUCAUCGCGGCCAUGAUCAUGACCAUGAUCAUGAACCACCAGCACCAACAAACUCAGAACAAUCUCUUUACUCAUACAUUGAUAGUACAAAGAUUAAAUUGUUAAAUGGUAUAGUCAUGUCUCAAGGAAGCCAAUCUUCUACGCUUGAUAAGUCCUCUGUGUUUAUAAAAAAUAGGGAUGAUAAAUUUAAAAUUGAUACAUGGUUACAAUCUGACACUGAUUGUCAAAUGGUCAUCCAUAUACCGUUCACUGGGGUUUGUAAAAUUGAUUCAAUUAUUUUAAGAUGUAAUAAACCAAAUUUAUCGGAAGAAUUCGAUGCACCAAAGACAAUUCAAAUAUAUAAAAACUGGAGAAAAAACUCCAAUAUUGAUUUUAAUACAUUGAAUUCAAACCAUAUUAAGACAAAUCAUAAAAUAGAAUAUCCACAAGAUGUUGGAAUUGAUCCAACGACAACUGAAGUAAUAGAUCAAGAUGAAUCUAAUAUGAUUGAAUUUCACAUGCCAAAAUCGAAAUUUAAUGAUUGUCAAUCGAUAACUCUAUUUUUCAAGGAUAAUUGGUCUGACGACGAGGAUAAUUGUUGUAAAUUGUAUUUCCUUGAAAUUAGAGGUAGUUUUACUGGGAAAUUAGCCAAAGAUAAUGCCGUUCCAAUAAUGACUGUGUAUGAAAGUGCACCAAACCUGCUAGAUCAUCAAAGAGUUGAAAGUGAUAAACCAAAUAUUCACCUUGGUAUGUGA